AUGGAAAUCAUCGUCGCCGAAGCUACAACCUUGAUAUUAAUUAACCUUACUAGUUCGAUAGGAAAUGUUUUAGUGGCUCUGACUAUGUACAAGAGCCCAAGGCUACGAACAACGUCGGAUAUUUACAUAUUUGCUCUGUCAGUCCUAGACCUUAUGUGGUCAACCUGUGUUAUGCCAAUGACGACCAUCGCGUUGUUAACUGGAAAAUGGAAUUUUAGCGAAACUGUUUGUGAAUUUCAAGCGUCUGGCGAUUAUUCUGUGCUUUACAGCUCACCUGUAACGAUGGGACUGGCCGCUUUUAACAGAUACAUGAGAUUAGUCAAGUCUAAACAUUGUCACAAGGUCUUCUCUUUGAAGAAGUCAAGGAUGUUCCUUACAGUUUUUUGGCUGCUUCUGGCGAUGUACAUUAUUAUAGUAAAAAGCGCGACCUGGCAAAGAUUUGAGUUCUUGCCUGACUACGCCCUCUGUGCAACAAUAUUUUCGACCAAGAGAAGUGCUUUGGUUUACUAUUGUAUUACUAUCCCCGUGUGUUUUGUGAUUCCUUCUUUCAUCAUUAUAUUUUCCUACCUACACGUGUACAAUGCAAUUAGACAGCACAAUCGCGACAUAUCUCCUAGUUUUCACAACAGAACAAACCAAACAAGAUUAGCAAUUCAAGAGAUCAGAAUAAGUAGGGCGCUGGUUUUUGUCACCGCAGUCUUUGUGGUUUGCUGGAUACCGACAUGGGUUAUUGCGUUGGCCAAACGUCUUCAACCAACACUAAAACUACACCGAAGUUGGAAACUUGUUCCAGUAUUCCUUCCAUUCCUCAGUAGCGCCAUUAAUCCAUUUAUAUAUGCAGGGAAUAAUCCAACGUUUAGGUCCGAGUUUAAAAGGUUGUUUUGCUUGUCAUGGAAUUGCAAUGGGACCAUCAGAUUAAAGCCGAAAGCGAUGGAACUAAUUUAG